UCAGAGACGACCCCCCAGGAGAAUGGGUGCCAGGGCAGCUCCUCCCCUCACUCCCCCCCAUACAGUUUCUACAACCUCUGGCCACACAAGCCACACGGGAAGUACACAGACUGUGACUGCCCAAAGCAGCCCAAUGACCAGGUUCACUGACAGAAGUUCUGUGAGCACAACCAGCAGCUCACUCCCCACUCACAGCCCUGCCUCAAGCUCGGCCACCACUCCAGGCUACGGUGCCAUCUCUUCCCCGACCACCAGCCCUGCCUCAAGCUCGGCCACCACUCCAGUCCACGGUGCCAUCUCUUCCCCGACCACCAGCCCUGCCUCAAGCUCGGCCACCACUCCAGUCCACGAUGCCAUCUCUUCCCCGACCACCAGCCCUGCCUCAAGCUCAGCCACAAGUCCAGUCCACGGUGCCAUCUCUUCCCUGACCACCAGCCCUGCCUCAAGCUCAGCCACCACUCCAGUCCAUGAUGCCACCUCUUCCCCGACCACCAUCCCUGCCUCAAGCUCGGCCACCACUCCAGUCCACGGUGCCACCUCUUCCCCGACCACCAGCCCCUCAAGCUCGGCCACCACUCCAGUCCACGGUGCCACCUCUUCCCCGACCACCAUCCCUGCCUCAAGCUCGGCCACCACUCCAGUCCACGGUGCCACCUCUUCCCCGACCACCAGCCCCUCAAGCUCGGCCACCACUCCAGUCCACGGUGCCACCUCUUCCCCGACCACCAUCCCUGCCUCAAGCUCAGCCACCACUCCAGUCCACGGUGCCACCUCUUCCCUGACCACCAGCCCUGCCUCAAGCUCAGCCACAAGUCCAGUCCACAGUGCCACCUCUUCCCCGACCACCAGCUCCUCAAGCUCAGCCACAAGUCCAGUCCAUGGUGCCACCUCUUCCCUGACCACCAGACCCUCAAGCUCGGCCACCACUCCAGUCCACGGUGCCACCUCUUCCCCGACCACCAGCCCUGCCUCAAGCUCAGCCACCACUCCAGUCCACGGUGCCACCUCUUCCCCAGCCACCAGCCCUGCCUCAAGCUCGGCCACCACUCCAGUCCACGGUGCCACCUCUUCCCCGACCACCAGCCCUGCCUCAAGCUCAGCCACCACUCCAGUCCACGGUGCCACCUCUUCCCCGACCACCAGCCCUGCCUCAAGCUCGGCCACCACUCCAGUCCACGGUGCCACCUCUUCCCCGACCACCAGCCCUGCCUCAAGCUCGGCCACCACUCCAGUCCACGGUGCCACCUCUUCCCCGACCACCAGCUCCUCAAGCUCAGCCACAGUUCCAGUCCACGGUGCCACUUCUUCCCCAACCACCAGCCCUGCCUCAAGCUCAGCCACCACUCUCGCACACAAGGGCACUUCUGCCAAGGCUACCACCUCCCCAGUUGGCAAGGGCACUCCAUCCUCAGUCCCCAGCCACCACUCUGAUACUCCGACCACCCCUGCCAGCCACAGAACCAGGACUCCAGCCAGGAGCACUGAUGGUAGCAUAGUGCCCUUCACCUCUCCCAACCAGAGGCUGUCCUUCUUCUUCCUGCUCUUUCAUAUUUUGAACCUCCCGUUUAACUCCUCCCUGGACGAUCCCAGCACUCACUAUUACCAGGUGCUGCAGAGAAACGUUACUGAAUUGCUUUUGCAGAUUUACAAACAGGAGAGUUUUCUGGGCUCCUCUGACGUCAAGUUCAGGCCAGGAUCUGUGAUGGUGGAAUCAAUCCUGGCUUUCCGAGAGGGCGCCACCAAUGCCAACAACGUCAAGGCACAGUUUGUUCAACGUGAACCAGCAGCAGACACACACAACUGGGUCAUCUCAAGAGUUAGUGUGGACGAUGUGUCAUUCCCUUCCUCCUCCCGGCCUGGGGCCGGGGUGCCCGGCUGGGGCAUUGCCCUGCUGGUGCUGGUCUGUGUUCUGGUGGCGCUGGCCAUCAUCUAUCUCGUUGCCCUGGCGGUGUGUCAGUGCCGCCGGAAGAACUGUGGGCAGCUGGACAUCUUCCCAACCCGCGAUGCCUACCAUCCCAUGAGCGAGUACCCCACCUACCACACCCACGGGCGCUACGUGCCCCCUGGCAGUUCCAAACGGAGCCCUUACGAGGAGGUUUCUGCAGGCAAUGGUGGCAGCAGCCUCUCUUACACGAACCCAGCAGCCACUUCUGCCAACUUGUAGGGGCGCGUUGUCCGCUGAGCAUCCAGCCGGCGGCCUCUGUCAUGGUCUUGGUCUUCGCCAC